CAAAUUUUCUUUUUCAUGUUAUCAUCAAUUGUCAAAUGGUUACUCGAUUCCGUUGCAAGGCAGUCUUCGCGAAGUUCGAUUGAAAUAAUCGUAUUUUAUCUGAUCAUUGCUUCAUUUAUAUACGGCUCAUUAUUUAGAUCACCAACAGAAUUUGAUUUUUUCAAAGUACGAGAAAUUGAUUUUGUCCAAGUUAUUUCCUAUCCUAAUACAAAUGAGUUUGUCAUCCUUUCUAAUCCUGAUUUAAUUAGUCAGGCUUCUAGAAUUCGAUUAAAUCAAGUUAUUGUAAAAACUCAACUUGAAGAGCCCAUUAUAUUGAUUUUUCCUCAUCAACCAACAAUUGUCCAAAAAAGCUUAGAGUCUUUUGCCAGAUUUCAGGAACUUGUUGAAAAAAGAAUCUAUAUCUCUGAUUGGACGGAUAAAUUGUAUUAUAACGUCGAUGGCCCCUAUUCGGCUUAUGCUGAUACUUGGUUGAUGAAUUUUCGUACAACUUUUCAUACUGAUUUUUCAGCAUCAGAGAUCACAAAGACUUACACUUAUGAAAAUUCAACAGCCCUACCAAUUUUAGAUGUCAUUUUUUCACAUCAGUCAAGUCCUAAAGCUUCCUUAUAUUUAAUAGUCGAUGUCGCAUCAUCAAAAAUUUUUCGAGUU